GGAUCUACAGUGGUUCCUAGUGACUGUCUCUGUUUGGGAUCUACAGUUGUUCCUAGUGACUGUCUCACUGUGUGGGAUCUACAGUUGAUCCUAGUUACUGUCUCAUUGUGUGGGAUCUACAGUUGAUCCUAGUGACUGUCUCAGUGUGUGGGAUCUACAGUUGAUCCUAGUGACUGUCACCACUGUGUGGGAUCUACAGUUGAUCCUAGUGACUGUCUCAGUGUGUGGGAUCUACAGUUGUUCCUAGUGACUGUCACCACUGUGUGGGAUCUACAGUUGAUCCCAUUGUCUGACUUUCCUUCGCAUUGGUCUUUUUUAAUACUCUCACUCCCACAAAGUUUAAAAAAGAAUCUGUUUUUAAUAUUUAUGGCUUUGUGACCUGAUGUCAAAUUUGCAAAGGGACAGAAUGUUAAAUUCUACUCUUAAAAUGAAUGUCUUAAGCUUCUUCACACAAGGAUGUGGUUGAUACGACAUGACCCCUCCUUAUGCUCUGAUGAAGUAGCAAAGGAAGUCAUACUGAUAUGCUAUAAGGAGACCGUUAUCAACAUGCAGAUUGACAUGUAUUAUGAGAGUCCCAUAAAAAACAUUAUCUCAGUGUUUGAAACUGCUGUUAGAAAACAUAUAUUAAAUCCAUUGAAAUGUAUGUACAUUUUCACAUUUGAGUCUGACCAUGAUCAGUUAGAGCUGAUUAGUAUUAUAACAAAACCCGCUGUAUCAGCAACCUUGGGAAGAAUCCAUGUAGAUAUCUACUGAGAUUAUUAACACACCUGUAAUCUCACUGACUCGAGGAUUACACGGACAUUGUGUGUGUGACAAUGGCUGACGUGAAACUAAUCUUCCAUGUGGCUGUGUGGAUUAUCCUUUCUUAUUCGCUAUUUUACAAUGUGACAGUUAUCAGAGUUAAAAAUGCCCCGGAUGUUUUUACUGCAUUGUUAAUUUAUGAUGGUUUUGGAGGAAAGUUCAAAUAUCUGACAUUCUGGUACUUUAUAAUCCAGACCGUUUAUUUUGGACUGUGUGUGGCCAAUGAUUUCAGUGGCACAAAUGUCCGUCCAUCUGACAAAAGGCAGCGGAGCCGACUCCAGAGGUGGCGGGACAACUUCCUAGCAACAGUCGUGUUUCCACUAGGAAUGUUUGUUGUGCUGUCCUUCUGGGGGAUUUAUGCAGUAGACAGAGAAUUAGUGUAUCCUAAAGAACUAGACAAAAUCAUUCCAGCCUGGCUUAACCACAUUAUGCACACCACUAUUCUCCCUUUCCUGCUGGUAGACAAGUUUCUAGUAUACCACCAGUAUCCCAGCAGAAAGUCAGGCAUCAUUACACUGCUGUCUCUAGCCUUGAUCUAUCUAGUGUGGAUCUUGUGGGUGGCAUACUAUGCCAACAUAUGGGUGUACCCUAUUCUGAAGGUCCUAUCUCCACAUCAAAAGGCUGUGUUUAUCAUGGUCAUGUUAGUUUUCUUCAUAUUCCUCUACCUCGUGGGAGAGUUUCUCAACAAAACACUCUGGGGUAAAGAGAAAAAUAUUGCAAAGAAAGAGAAAUCCAGUUGAUGACAAAUCUGUGUAGAAAUCUAUUUGUAGAAAGCAUGUGAUCUGCAAUUAGAAGUCGUAGUUUAUAUGUGUGAGUGCUGGUGUUGUCUCAGUGCAGUACAGGAAAUAGGGAAAAUAUCUCUGGAUAUUUCCUACUUCCUUAAUUAGGAUUCUUUUGUAAGAAAAGGAAAAUUUUGUGCCUUGAGUCAUGCGACAAGGAAGUAACAAUUUAUUAUGUUCUGAACAAAGCUUCAAAAUCCGAAGGUAGUUUCUGUUAUUCCAGAUUUAAGUCAUGAAACAACCUUAUCAAAAUACCAGUGAAAUCUUUCAGGUUUAAAUGAAAAUUUCUAUAUUUGUCAAAUCAAGUACAUGUAGUAAAAUUACCCUCCAAUUCAACACAUGCCCCUCCCACUAUUAUUGCUUCUGAACUUAAACAUAUUAAGGCAAUUUCUAACACAAAGGUUGUUAAUUAUAAUUAUGUUAACAUGGGUUGCAUUGAGUAGCAGAAUAAGAAUUAUAAAGAGGAUGAUUUAUUGAUGAAAAAGCUACAAUUUAUUUGAACUCAGGAUUUUCUACUACAAUACAUACAGAAUGCAUUUGAAAUUGUCAGGAAUUAUUUUUUAUAUACAAGCUGUAUAUGAAAAAUAUAUAUGAUGUACACCUAUUAAAUUAAAAGAUAUAUUUGUAAACUGUUUUAGGGUGCCUUUGUUGUUGCUGUUAGGUCACCAUUUGCAAAUAGCAAGCGUCAUCAAAUAUCUCAUUCAUCUAAAUCAUGGAACAAACACUUAAUUGUAGAAUAAGUCAGAAAACAUCAUCUGGACCAAUUGGAGAGCAUCAAAAUUUCUGAUCAUUUUAAUGUUUUUAUCGCCUAAUGAGUGUAUAUUGACCUAGCUAAGACUUCAUCUUCAGUCAGUAUACUCUCAUUAGGUCAAUAAUAAGUGUAUUGACCUCAUCAAAAUGCUAUGAUUGUAUAAUAUUCCCUUGUCCCAUGUUCUUUCUCUUUUCUACAAAAGAGUUCCUUUUAGGGAAGAUAAUCAAAUUUGACAAUGUGCAUGGAUGUCAUGAAAGAUAAAUAUUGGCAAUUCUCCUAGUCAGUGAUAGCACAUUUACAGUUCUCUUUACAGAAUAUGACUGAAUAUUGCGCUUGCAGCAUAUCAUAUUUUAGAUUCUGAUCAAUUAUGUAUAUUGAUCAAUUUUAAAAUAACUAUCAAAAGGAUGUAACAGGUUGUCUGGGACCAAGUACAGUAUCAGUUACUCCCUUGUAUUUUUUACACACUUAUAAUACCGGUGUAAUAAAUAUGUGGACAGUGUGUUGCAUGUAUGGCAGAUUUGCAUCAUGUUUUCCACAAGAAUGUGGCAUUUUCACCGAAGUUAAAACUUGAGGGUUAAGCUUUGUGGGUUAAUGUUGCUUUCACCGAGUUUCGCUGCAACAGAGUAUUGUGUUGUAUUAAGCUUCACUUACAUGUGCAUGCCUACUGAACAAAAAUAUAUCUUUUGUACAAAUUUCAUACAUUUGAAAUAAAUUGACAAACUUA